GACAGUGACGUCAGCGGGCGGAUGAUGCAGCGGCGUUGAAUGAGCAGCUGUGUGCGUGUGUGCGUGCGUGUGUAUUGUGUGUGUACGUGUGUGUAUACGUGUAUAUGUGUGUGUGUGUGUGGCCUGUCAUCCAGACUCAGCCUCGUGCAGCGAUGAGCGGAGACUAACGGGUUUCUCCUGCUGGACGUCAUCACUCUGAGAUAAUCGUUCAAAAUGGACGGAGGACAUUUUGGCUACUCCCGCGACUACCUGGACCGCUUCAUCCAGAGCCAGGACUCGUCUGUGGUGAACAAGUUCCAGCAGAGGUACUGGAAAACCAAGCAGACGCUCAUCAAGGUCACCGGCAAGAAAGAGGACGAGCAUGUGGUGGCAUCGGACGCCGAUCUGGACGGCAAGCUGGAGGUCUUCCACUCCAUCCAGAGAACGUGCAUGGAGCUGCUGAAGGUCAUCGAGCAGUACCAGAGGAGGAUCUGCUUUCUUUCCCAGGAAGAGAACGAGCUGGGUCGCUUCCUGCGCUCCCAGGGCUCGCAGGAUAAAACCAGGGCUGGAAAGAUCAUGCAGGCCACAGGGAAAGCCCUUUGCUUCUCCUCCCAGCAGAGAGUGGCUCUGAGGAACCCGCUGUGCCGGCUCUACCAGGAGGUGGAGACCUUUCGCUACCGAGCCAUCUCCGACACGUGGCUGACGGUGAAUCGCAUGGAGCAGUCGAGGACCGAGUACCGCGGGGCGCUGCUGUGGAUGAAGGACGUGUCUCAGGAGCUGGAUCCGGACACGCACAAACAGAUGGAGAAAUUCCGCAAGGUUCAGGCCCAGGUGCGCUCGACCAAGAGCGGCUUUGACAAGCUGAAGAACGACGUGUGUCAGAAGGUGGACCUGCUGGGAGCCAGCCGCUGCAACCUCCUCUCCCACGUCCUGACCACGUACCAGACGACACUUCUGCACUUCUGGGAGAAGACGUCCCGCACGAUGGCAGCCAUUCACGAGAGCUUCAAGGGCAGUCAGCAUUAUGAGUUCUCCACACUGAAGACUUUAAAAGACCCCACGGACAAGCUGGCGAGAAAGAAAGGGAAGAAGAGAAGUAAAGUGGAGACUGAGGACGGAAAGAAAACCGAGACGACAGAAGACCAACUCAUCUCACUAGCGAGUGGAAACAUCAGCGGCAAGACGGAGGAAGGAAAAGAGGGUCCCCUCUCAUCGGGUCCCGAGCUGGAGGGUGAGGAGGACAGCCUGGCCUUCCUCAACGAGAUCCUGGGCGGUUUGUCUGUGGACGAGGGCGACUUCUCUCGAGAGUGGACCGAGGUGUUCGGAGACAGCGAGGACGGGACGGGCGCGGCGGCAUCCGGGCGACCAGCAGACGCCCGGCAAGAGGAAAACGACUUCUUUCUACCGUCUCAUCUGCUCGACCAGAGCUUGAACAACCUGCACUCGUCCCUCUCAGAUUGGGCCGACGACGCUCCGCAGCCCGUUGCCCAGACAACGGAGCCCUCGUCUGGGGCCAGUCAGAACGCUCCUAGGCCAGCGGUGAAAGAGAAAGCAGCGAUGUCCAAAGACCUAUCGGCGUGGUUCAACCUGUUCGCCGACUUGGACCCGCUCUCCAAUCCGGAUGCUGUCGGCAAAACUGACACGGCGCACGAACAACACACCGCAUAGUUCUCUCUUCUCCGAUGGGAACGUUCAUUAGUGGGAACAGCAGCAUAUUGCUUCCACUGCGGCCAGAGAAAUAUCUGCUAUAAGCCAAUUUAUUAAUCAGCAACUAUGACAAUAAUAUAAAUGAUUUCAGUCGCACUUCCAGUUAAAACUCUUCCAUGGAGUCUCCUGUUUCCUUUGAUUUGACCCGUUCGCAUAAAAACAAACUUUCUGCAUUUUAAUUUAUCUUAAAGACUAAACAGUUAAUUGAGAAAUUAGCCAGAGACAAAUCAAUCAUAAAAAAUAUAAAUAUCCUUUACUGUAACAAUAACUAUUAUAAAGACCCACUAAUAUGCUGUUAUAAUCCCAAAAGUUGGUAAAAACAAAAAAGGCUGCUUGUUUUAAUAACAAAAUAUAUGAUAUUGAGAAUAAUGAGACGAAUUCCUCGUUCUAACCAGGUACAUCUUCUGAGUUUUCUCCUCCUAGUGGCAGCAGCAUUCUGCUGGGACGUGUCCCCACUAAUCUCCACCAGCUCUCGUGUCCUUUCCGUUGUGAGAGAAAACAAACAUUUCCAACUCGACCCCAUCAGGCCUGUUGUCUAUUUAUCUUGGUGAAGCACUUAACGUUUAGCGUGGAUACCUCAGAGAGAGUCUGGAACAAUAAGCCUUUUGACGUUCGCUGCCUUGGAGCUUUUGAGUCUCUCGUAGCAUUCACGCUUUAUUUCUGAUUCUCAUUACUGCAGAUCGCAAACAGACACGACUCCUUUGACUUAAUGAGAAACAACAGUCAGGGGGUGGUGGGUGGUGGUGGGGGAAAUGACAAAGAUCACAGUGCAAUAGUUCAGUAGUUUGCAAAGUAGUUCAUGAUGCUGGGUGAAGGAAAGUUAAUGAAAUAUCCAGAAGUAUAUUUUUCUGCCAUUGAUGGAUUAAACCGACGCUGAAAUUCUAUUUCUCGUCACAUUUGAAGUGAACUGGACGAAUCAAGAAGUUGUUUCCCUUGUUCAGGAAGAAAACACGUUUUCCUUUCUAGGAUUAAUGCUUUUACAUCUGCUUGCUACGGUCGUGCUGCAGCUGUUGAAUAUAUCCCACGUGUCACCACAAGUUCAACAUUACAUAAAUAUACAUUAACUGUUGCAUGUUGCAUGAAUGGUUUUGUUUUCCAGUAUAAAUAUGCAUUUGA